AUGGCUGGAUAUAUAGGGUCGACUGUUGUGGACGAAGAAAACCUCUAUAAUGGGAAUAAAAUCCAGCCUUUUGCCACUACACCAAUGACAGAGAUAGUUAAAAAUGACGAAGGGAUCAAGAAGCAAAAAUCCACUAUAUUGAGAGAGAUAUUGGGCUUGGAAGACCUUUUUUCUUUGACGGUAUGGAGAGCAUCGGUGGCUGAGCUCCUGGGUACAGCUGUUCUUGUUUUUGCACUGGACACCAUAGUCAUUUCAACUAUUCAGACUGAGACGAAAACACCCAACCUCAUACUGUCAGUCCUUGUUGCCAUCAUCGUCACAAUUCUCCUCCUUGCUACCUUUCCUAUUUCUGGUGGCCACAUCAACCCUAUUGUCACCUUCGCUGCCUUUCUAACUGGCCUUAUUUCCCUUUCAAAAGCUUUCGUCUAUAUUUUGGCUCAAUGCGUUGGUGGCAUUUUUGGUGCACUAGCGCUAAAAGCUGUGGUAAACAGUGGAAUUGAGCAAACCUUUUCUCUUGGAGGCUGUACCCUCACCAUUGUUGCACCGGGGCCAGAUGGGCCGACUGUGAUAGGCCUAGAGACUGGACAGGCCCUUUGGCUUGAGAUAAUCUGUGGGUUUGUGUUUCUUUUUGCUUCCGUGUGGAUGGCCUUCGAUCAUCGUCAAGCCAAGGCUUUGGGCCGAGUUAAUGUUUUUAUCAUUGUCGGAAUAGUUUUGGGCCUUCUUGUUUACAUUUCGACUACUGUCACUGCUAUGAAAGGCUAUGGCGGGGCCGGGCUUAAUCCAGCAAGGUGCUUGGGCCCAGCAAUUGUUAGAGGGGGGCAUCUUUGGAAUGGGCAUUGGGUAUUUUGGGUUGGACCAGCUAUUGCUUGUGUGGCAUUCUCGGUGUACACAAAGCUCAUACCAAGCCAACUUUCCCACACCAUAGAGUAA